AAAUCUCUUGCAAUGGCGACGAGAAAUUAUCCUAUUAUUAUGCCCACCCAUCCACCCGAGCAGACGCUCCGGUGGAGCAAAAUGGUCAAAUCCAAUCCAAAGCGCGUUGCUGAUGCCUUGGUUGUCCAACUCCACAUCGGGAAGAACUCUUGGGGAGAUACUACCGACGACGUUGCUCCAGCCCAAGAGGUAGUCCAACGUGUGGCACAAGCCGGAGGUAAAGAUUGGGAAGCCCUAGUUAGAGCAGGCGUCGUCGAUACUCUUUGCCAGAGUGUCAUGGAGCGCGUUAUGGAAUAUUCGUGUCCUUUCGAUAUGCCAGCGCAUGUAUGGAAAGAGGUUAUUGAACCGAUCCCAUCCCCGUACUACACACCCCUUGAAAUUCUUUAUCUCGGAUCGGUAGAUCUGCUGAAGCCGCCAAAGACGGCUGUCCAAACCACUAUGGUGUCCGCACUGACAAAGGGCUGGGACGGUAUGAUGGAGAGGAUUUGGGAUGAGCCAGAGGCCACGUUGAAACCCACAGAACCACACGAUUCAGAACGCAGGAUGGUUCCAUCUAUACUCUACUCGUCGUUCAGGAUCGACUCUGCCCUCCUGAAAGAGAUCGACAAACCAAAGGAUCGCACCAUCAAAAUCAUGUCCCGAUUCCUCAUGUACUCCGUCAACCCCGGCGACUUCAUGGUGAAUUGUGAAGCUCUCCGCGAGAUCGUCGAGCCACGAAUGGAACCAACCUUCACGUACCGCGAAUCUCAUCCACGAAAAUACUCCGUCGUUGCACGCAUCCUGGAAGGCGUCAAGGGCGAGUCUGCUGACAUGUUCCUCUCGAAGUUAGCUGGGCCUUUGAACGGUUUCAUGUCUGGAAGGGCAUUGCGGACGGGCUUGCAUCUUCUUAUCUCGAUGCUCGCGGAUGCGAGCAUACGGUGCAAAAGCACGCAGAAAUCAGGAUCAGGAUCGGAUGAAAAGGAGAAGAAAGUGUUCAAAAGAGAAGGAAAGGACAGCGAGUUUGUCCUUGCGGUAUUACGUUCAAAUGUUCUGUGGAAGAGUCUGUUCUUCUUGCUCGGGAGAGCUGCGACCCAUGCGAGCUUACAGGAGGAAGAGAUGGACGAUACGAUUAUGUCGCUUAUAAUCAGGAUCACAGGAGAUGUAGUGAUGAUGUGCCACGUGAUGUUGAAGGAUGAGAGCGAGAGGCUGCUCAUAACGCUGACUUCGGCGGGGAUGUUUGCUGCUUUUGACCAGGCCCUGCCGAUUUGUGGGACGUACAAUGACGUGCCGAAAUUAGUCACCACGAUCUUCACCCCCUUCCAUCAACAAGUCACUCGCAACCCUCGCCUCCGAGCCAUCCUCCGCCCCCAACUCCCUCGCCAACGCAUGUUCCUCGCACUCCUCCAAUUCCUCACCAAAUCCCUCGAGCCCGUGAUCGACUACACGAUGAAGCUUACGCCUAACGACCUCCCGCCGUUCAAUCCAUUCACUUUUAAUUCGAAGGACGUGUUCAUCGAGGGUGCUUGGGCAGCUUUGGAUCUGUUGCAGAAAGCUGUGUUGCAAGAGGGCCUAGGCGAGGAGGCGAAGAAGUGGUGUAUGAGGAGGGGAUGUAAAAACGAUGGGGAUAAAAAGUGUUCGAGGUGCCAGAAGGUGACAUACUGUAGUGCGGAAUGUCAGAAGGUGGAUUGGAAGGAACACAAACAACUGUGCCCUCGCCUCAAGAAUGUGGACGUAUUCUACGAUAUCAUGAAGAGUCGUGCGGCUGGUAAGCCGAUGUCGCAUAGAGAGGUCGCGAAGCGCCUGUGGCCGCCCGACGGGUUUCCUCAGCCUCAGGGAAAAGGACCCGUCACGGCUCAGUCAUAUGGUUAUGAUUAGAGAUGUGUGUUUUUAUUUUUGUGUACUCUGAUGUUGCCGGCGAAGGUGUUUGGCCUAUAUGUUGUAUCGUUUCUUGUUGACCGUCUAGCUUUGUAUUUAUUGCUCUCCUUUCAUUGUAGCGCCCUGAUACCAUCCCGUAUGACAUGUACUUCUUCAUUCAGAUCGCC